AUGGCAAGUGAAAUAGGCAUCAUCUGUUUAUUUCUAACAAUAAGCAAUGGCUUCUGUCAGACGUCUGACGAUGUCAAAAGUUUGUUAACGGGCUUGUUUGAAGCAAACAGUUAUAACAAACAAGUGAGACCAGUGGUCGACCAGACUGACGUCACUAAUAUGUUUGUCUCAAUGGAACUUGUCAGCAUUCAUGACAUUGAUGAAGUAAACGAAAAAAUGGUGUUUGCCGGUUUCUUGAGAGUUUCUUGGAUUGAUGAACUUCUAGUGUGGGAUAGUGCUGCUUAUAAUGACAUUGGAUUCAUCAGUGUACUUCAGGAUAAUAUUUGGAAACCAGACUUUGUUUUAAAGAACGGAUUUCAUGAGUUUAAAGAAUUAGGAGGAAGUUUCUACUACAUAUUAGUUGACAAUGACGGCUGGGUGACUUGGUAUCCGUACCACGUGUUUGAGAACGAAUGUUCCAUAGAUGUCACCUACUACCCUUUUGAUGAACAGACGUGUCAUAUCCGGUUCGCAUUAUGGACUUAUACUGAUAAUUUAGUUUUUAUCGAAGCCAUUUAUCCUGACAUUGACCUUAGAGGAUAUCGAAAGAAUAAUUUAUGGUCAAUUAUUUCAACUUCGGUUACGACAGAGUCUGUCUAUGACAGUAGCGAGAUUAUAUUCACAGUUAAUCUCCGCCGUAAAGCCACAUACUACGUAGUAACCAUUAUUAUACCUAUGAUAUUCUUAGGGAUCCUUAAUUCUUUAGUAUUCAUUGUUCCUGCUGAUGCUGGUGAAAAAAAUGUCGUAUUCAGUGACAGUCUUCCUGUCUUUUGCAGUUUUCCUCUCACUGAUUAA